CAACAAACCAAUUCACACUCACCAGCCCACAAAGCCUCAAUUCUACUUUCACUACAUUUCCAUCAUCCUAUACCCCCAAAGCCACUCACACAUCAACACAAUGGCCGCUCCCGCUUCCAAGACCAUCUACGACCUUAACGGUUCCUGGACUGCUAACAACACCCUCUCCGAGUCCUCAGCCGACAUCCUCAAAGUCCAGGGCGUGAACUGGCUGACCCGCAAGGUCAUUGCCAUGGCCCACGUGACUCUGAUCAUCAGCCAGAGCACGGACGAGACCGGCAACAUCCACCUCGACAUCGAGAACAAGCCCAGCGGCGGCCUCCCCGCCACCCAGGAGAAGCGUGUCCUGAACUGGGAGCCCGUGGAGCUCACCCACGGCCUCUUCGGCAACAUCCGCGGUCGCUCCCGCAUCUGCAAGCUCGCCGAUCUCGACGACGACUACCUCCGCCAGGGUUGGGAGGACGGAACCGAGGAGGUCAUGCACUUCAAGACUGAGCACCUCGACUCCAAGGGCGUCAUCACCCAGCAGGUCGCUGGCUUCAUUGUCAUUGGCGGCACUCGCUACCACGCUCGGCGGGUCCUCGUCACCAAGGAUGAUGGUGAGAGGCUCGAGGCUAAGCUUGUUUAUGACUACCAGGGUUAG